AUGAUUAUCGGAACAUUAAAUAUUAGAGGGGGUGGCAAUGCUUUGAAAAGGAAGAGAAUUAAUUCUUUGAUUUCUAAAAGCAAGGCGGAUGUUUUCUUGAUUCAAGAGACAAAGAUUAGAGAAUUACAAGAUUUUGUGGCGAAAAGCUUUUGGUGUGGUGGCGAUAUUGGUUUCUCCUUUUCUAACUCGUCGGGGAGGUCGGGAGGUAUUUUGACGUUAUGGAAGGAGAAAGCUCUUGAGGUUAUCUUUAGUUUUAAAGGGGAGGGGUAUCUUGGUAUCAAGUUUUACAAAGACAAUAAAUUUUUUUACUUAUUGAAUGUGUACUCGUCUUGUGAAGCUUCUAAGAAGAGAAUUUUAUGGCGGAAGAUUUUAGACUUGAAAGAUACUUGGAAAGACGGAGAGUGGAUCAUAGGUGGUGAUUUUAAUGCGGUCAAGGAUAGGAGUGAGCGGAAGGGAAGAGGGGCGGUUUCUAAUAGUCAAGAUGUUAGUGGGUUCGCGGAUUUCAUAGUAGAGUCAAGAUUAGUAGAUGUUCCUUGUAAAGGAAAAAAGUUCACUUGGUAUAGCGGAGAUGGUAGAUCGAUGAGUAGAAUCGAUAGAUUUCUUGUCUCGGAUAAAGUGGUGAAUGAUUGGGGCGUGGUUGGUCAAUUGGUGGGGGAGAGGGAUGUGUCGGAUCAUUGUCCGGUUUGGUUGGAAGUAGACAAAAACAAUUGGGGUCCUAAACCGUUUAAGUUCAACAAUGAAUGGUUUUCAUGUGCUUCCUUUUAUGCUUUCGUGGAAAACGAGUGGAAGAGUUUUAGAGUGGUUGGGAGAGGGGAUUAUGUGCUAAAACAAAAGCUUUUCCUUCUUAAAAAUAGUCUUAAAAGGUGGAAUAAAGAGGUUUUUGGGAGGAUGGACUUGGAAAUUCAAGACGAAGUUAGUGCUAUUAAUAAUGGUGAUGUUUUGUUGGAAACGGGAGAUGAGCUUAUAAACUCGGAUAUUUUAUUCAAUAGGAAGGAAGCUACGAGUCGUUUUUGGACGAAAUUGAGGAUUAAAUAA